GUCAAGUUCUUAAGAUGGCGGCUGUAAGUGCAGCCUGUGCUUCAUCAAAUCAAAUCUAAAUCGCUGUUUCUCAGAGUGAUUGUGGAAUAAUCUGAAACCAUGGAAUUUGAAACCAUCAACGUCUGAACCUCGUCAUGCUUCAUACCCAAAAAUGUCAUCCAAAAGGUUGCGGCGUGUUCCUGGAAUACGAUCCGAGGUGGUGGAAAGACUAGCAAAGCAUCAGAUAGUCACUUGCAAGGUUAGCUAACUCCUUUGUUAAAAGGUCUGUGAAUAAAUGAGAGUGGAAGCGGUAAGACUCAGACUUUUUUUUAAGCCUAUCGUAAAUGCUUGAAUCCGCGUCCCUACUGUUGGCAAAAAUUUGCAAUGAUAAAAAAUAAGCACCCCUCCCCUUGAAAAAGUGCCCCCUUCCCGUUGCGAAGGCUCCUCCCUACCCCUCAAAUAAGAACCCUUUCCCCUCAAAUAAAUUCCCUUUUUCCCUCAAAGAAGCACCCCCUCCCCCUCAAAUAAGCACCCCCUUCCCCUCGAGAGAGUGCUCCCUUUUCUUUUCCUUAAUUCUCUUAAUGAUUCAGUUGUGGACAAUGUGUAUGUAAGAGUUGAGUUUACGGUCGUGUAUAUGCGUGACUAGCAUAAUUAGGCUUUUUACAUGCAAAAGUGCACAAACAAACGGCCUUGCAAAUGCAUCUUAUUGAGUAUGGAAAUGCAUUUGUAGUUGUUUACCUUGUUUCUCAAUAUUCAGCGACCCAUGUAAAUGAAUAAGUAAGGAACCAAACAAUUAGUCAAGCUCCUGCACUAAUAUUCUACACCUAAAUACAGGUUUGAUUUCUGACUGAUCUCUAUUUUUCUUAUUUUUGCUGAUGUUGUACAGGAUUUGCUUCAGAGAAACCACUUGGAACUUCUCAAGUUUACUGGAUCAAGUUAUCAAGAAGUUUUAGAAAUUCAGAGAGCUGUUGGUAAAGCCAUCAUUCCCAAGGUGCAAACAGUAAGUACUGAUUUCUCUGUACAAAGUGCUGUGUUAUGCAAAAUAUUUGGACACUGUUGAAGUCAUGUUAAGACAGUUAAUGAUAUGAACCUUAGGGUAACAACACUGGAUUUACUGUAUCCAAAAUAAUCUCCAAAGUACUUAAUCACAGCAAACCACUUCUGUUAAAGUUACAGUUACCAUGACACAAUUAGCAAGCAAGCAUGUUUGACUUUUCUGUGGGGGGAGAGGGGGUUAGUGCAGACAUUUCCAUAUUCAAGUUUGUGAAAGAUAUUAUUCAUAGGUUUUUGGGCACUGUUUUCAGGCCUAAAACUAAGAAAUGAAAUUCCUUUCAUGGCUUCCAUCUAUCUUAAAUUGAAUGCUAAUGCUUUCUAGCUGCAAAAAUUGAAUGAUAAUGUUGAUUUAUAAUUAAGCUGUAUAUUUUGUGGUUAGGCCCUUGCCUUGUUUCAAAGAUCAAACAGUCAGAAAUCAUUUCUUCCAACUUCACUUGGUGAUCUUGAUUUGGCACUGCAUGGAGGGCUGAGUUGUGGUACAAUCACUGAAGUAAGCUCUAUACUUCCUUCUUUUUUCCCUUUUAUUCCCAAGAUCUAAAAGUUUUUUCUCCUUCCUGAUAAGCAUACACUUCUUUGUUGAGUGGUUGUGAGAAUUUGAAGUUAAAUCAAGGCAUAUGAUAAUUUUCAUUUUCCUGACUACCUUCUCUAGGAGAGUAUAUCAAAUGAUCACUCCAAAGUCACAGCAUAGGCACAGUUAUCUGAUUUUCCUUUGUAGUGUGAGAAAGACCAGAAGAAUUAUUUUUCAGUAAUGAAUAAAAUGAAAUGAUUCAGAACUGCUGUGUUUCUGUGUGGUUAGCAAAGUGUAGACGUUAAUUGCAAGAGACAAAUAGUUUUUUGCUCACACACCAUAUUGUUGCUUCUGGUGUAACUUAAAAAUUGUAAAUUUGCAAAAUACACUUGUUUUGGAUGUAGCAAGCUGAUCAUUUCCACACACAGGCCAAAGACAGUUUUUUAUCGCCCAGCAAAGGAAUAAAACGUAUUUCUGACUCUUGUCCUGCUACUGCCAGUCAUUUUUGUAUCAUCACAGAAAAAUAUCAUCUUAUUUUGACAGAAUUAUUUUAUAUAAACAGAUUGAGAAUGCAGUCAAGCUAUUAAGGGUGAUUUUGACUUAUCUGUGAGUCUUAAUCUCAUUUUUUUUUAAUGAAACAUAGAUAGCAGGCCCAGCAGGAUGUGGUAAAACACAGUUCUGUAUCAUGCUUAGUGUGCUGGCCACCCUACCUUAUGACAGAGGUGGACUGGAUGGCAGUGUUAUCUACAUUGACACAGAGGCAGCCUUCAGUGCAACAAGGUUGGUUGUCCUGUGUCAAGUCUCUAUUUUAUCACAUAUAAUUAACAAGGUUCCAGGGACAACUCUGACCCCAGCUUAAGAGUUAAAGGCUCAAGGUAGCAUAAACAGGCCUAAGUCCUGUUUUGUGCUGCAAGUUAUGCCUCACCCAAUGUAAGUUUUACCUCAUAAAGCUUAGCUGCAACAGUUCAGUGUCAUCUGAUGUUUGGCAACCAGGUUGUGUCCAGCAUGGGGUAACCUUAGAGAUAGAAGCCUGAUUUUUAUUUUUGUGUGCAGUUUUUUUCAAAUUUCACUGACAUCUGCUUUCUAGAUUGAUUGAAAUGGCAUCCAGUCGGUUUUCAGAUCUUUUCAACUCAAAUGAGUCACUGUUUCAUCUGUCAGAGAGGAUACAUGUGUGCUGGGAAUCUACCUGUAGCUCAUUAUGGGAUAGGUAAGAUAUUUGAUGUAAUGUUAUUGACUGGUGCUUUUCAUGAUUAUUCAUUCAAGAUCUCAUAUCAUGAUUUAUAUUUCUUUAUGUAUUUGUUAAACUACUGAGCACCAAAACUAAAAUGCUAAAGGAAACAAGUAAGAAGAAAAUGCAACUGAAAUUAAAUCUUGAUGGCAAUAAAAAAUCAAGAUACAAGGGGGAACAGUUAUGAAAAAGAAAAGUGUUCAUAUAACCCUUUACACGUUAACGUUAGUAUUUAUAUUCUCCAUACUGUUCUCUUUACAUUCCCUAUGGCACUGAUGAGGAGAAUUUGUUUGACAAUCAGGAGCUACAUAAAUUGGUGAUCAUUUCCUUCAAUGUCAUGACCUUUAUAUUUGAUGUAAGGAUGAUACUGGAAUAAGAAAUUAGAAGCCAGUCUCUUUUGGGCUACGUGUAAAUGGUUAAUAAGUAUUUUCUUAGAACAAGACAAAGGCCAGGCCCACUAAGUGAAGAAAAGAAUGAUUGUGACAUUCAGCCAUCUUGAUUAAAGAAGUUUAGUCAAUAAAUGAUUUGGCCUAAUGGUAACAACAAAGAAUUUUGAUUUUAAAGGAACAAAUUAGUCUAAAUGCACAAUCCAGGGUGGGGUGGGAUGGGUGUACUACGCCAGUCUGGGAAGCCAAGCAUGUCAGUCUCAUUUCCCCUUCCAAUGCUAGCUAUAAAAUGAAUUAAGGAAACCGCUGGACUCACAAAAAUCAGACAGGGUCAUCUCUCUCUUCCUCUAUUGAGGGAGGAAGAGAAAAGACCUUGGGAACGAGGUUGAAAAAAUCUCAAGUUAUACCGGGUGAAACAGACAAAGCAUUUAAUUAUCGCUCGGAAUUGUUUCACUAGGCUUCAGAGACUUGAAGAGGAGGUUAUUUCUAAACGUGUAAAGCUCGUCAUCCUGGACUCCGUCGCUUCGCUUGUAAGGAAAGAAUUUGACAGCAGGCUGUUCAGAAACUUGAACGAAAGAACAGCGCUUCUUUCCAAAGAAGCGGCCAUUUUAAAGUAAGGAGACUUUUCUUGGACAACUAUUUCAAAUAUGUAUGCUUUGCACUAAAAUCAUCUCAUGUACUCUGUAGGUCGUAGAAUAGAUUUUCACAAAUAGCGUGGAAAGAAUUUACGAGCCUCCAUUUAAUACGGGCGCUCCACACGUUCUUACCUAGCAGACAAAGCAAAAUGUGACUUUUGCCGAUCAGGGGCAAGUAGUGGAGCUUGCCUCGACUUUGCCCUUGGGGAUCUUUUCGCACUCUUGAUACUAGUAGCAUGUUUUCCAGCCUUUUCCUACGCCCGUACAUGAAACAUGUUUUGCCGCAUCAUCCUCUUUUCCAUUUAGAAAAACUGUAGGCCUGCCAUGAACAGUCAAAUGUAUGAUGAAACUAAUCGUGGCACAAGAUAAAUCGAAAACUGUUUCUCCAAACACCACUUUUGUCAAGUUUACUUGCUUCCUGUAGGGCGUGCGGUGAACGCGGGAAGAGAUGAAACAAUGUCGAGUGCUUGUCUCUCCACUCUAAAGAGAUAAGCCCCCUCUAAAUGCUUUUCGCACCUUGAAAGGAAAAAGGCUAAUUUAUUUAUCAUGAACUGCAUUUACAUUUGUUUGAACAAACAAAUAGUACACUUGUCUGUCUACUUUUCAGAUAUAUUGCUGAGACGUUCCAUAUUCCGGUAAGAUGUCUAAUAAACGAGGCUAAAGGUAUACUGUACCUGUUCUAAGAACAUACUUUGAAGAAUAACGCGCUUCUGAUCGGCUGAAAACGAGUGCAUUUUUUCAUGUUGCACGAGUGCAAAAUUGUGACUCGAGUGCAAAGUUGUAAUACGAGUGCCAGGUUGUAACACGACUGCAAAUCACCAAUAGCGCUCGAGUAUUGUCGAAAUUUCGUCUGUCUUGACUUGCUGUGAUGGUUUUUUCUUUAAAUUAGUAAUGAGUGAUAACAUGAUUACUCGUGAAUUCGGUGCAAAGAAACGCUUGUAAAUUUUUCAAACACUACAAGGGCCCGUGCAGUGUUGUUGUCAUUGAAAAAUUUACUCGUGCUUAUUUACACCAAAUUGUACUCUAAAUCAAGAUAGUACCUACCAUUAUUUUGCUGUAAAAACCUUGAGUGAAUUACGAAAUAAAAAUUGCAAAGAAAAGAACUGGACGGCAAAAAAAGAGAGGAAGAAGUAAAGGAAGGGAAAAAGGUAGGAUAGCCAUUUGAACGAAACGAUGCAUUUGUAAGCGACCAGCCUUCCUGAUUUAUGAAGUAAUACCAAUUAGGUAAAUUAAUUAUUUCGCAGUCGUCUCGAGAAAUGUAUGGUCGAUUUACGCUUCACAACUUUUUGUUGAGCUGAAAUGUGCCACAAAUGGAACACCUUGAGUCAAUUCUUUGCGUCUCGACUGUUCUAGGUUGUCGUUACUAAUCAAAUCACUACUCGUUUCAUUGGUGCGGGGACUUCCAGUGGAAACGAGGGUUUCCAGGACGUCGACGGCGCAGACGUUGAGCCCGAGGAGGACGAUGGUAGUCACGUGACCGCUGCGUUAGGUAACACGUGGUCACAUGCGGUGAAUACUCGUCUGAUUGUACAGUAUUUGGACGAAAGAUUUCGUCAGGUAUUGACUUUCAAGAUUGGUGAUCUGUCAAUUUUGUCCUGAAAACGAAUCGUUUAAGAAACUCAUUCCUCACUAGAUUCUUCCUUCUUCUUCCUCUUCUUCUAAAAACAGGUUCUGAUUUCCAAAUCUCCAGUGGCGCCGUUUGCAUCGUUUGUUUACACGAUACACGCUCAAGGAUUAGUUUUGGAACGUCAAGAUACGAACUUGAAUCGCCAUGGUAAAUAGCAUGAAACCCUACGUAUAACAAUCCCUAGAUUUUAGAAAUAGGUUUAACCUUAUGACCCUAGGAGUGACCAGCAGACAAUUCUCCUUACAAGGUCACCCCUGAAUCACACAUUAGGGUCAUGAGAAUAAAGGAAAUGAUCGCCAUCUAAAGAAGCUCUUGAUUGUUAAACAGAUCCUCAUUGUUGGCACCUUGGGAAGUGUACAGAGAACAGUGUGGAGAAAAUGCAAACUGAUGUUAAAAGUGCCUUAAAAGAGUAAAAGCACACAUUCACGAAUUCAAUUUAUGAAAUUUCUUCAACAAGAACUGAAGCUUAUUUCGAGGAUUGCGGAAAUAAUCUGUAACAACUCUGAAUUCAAAUUGAGGCACAUGACUUUGAAGUUUACUCUUCCAGAUAAGGCUGAAUGGAAAUUUCAGAUUCAGCAGCCUCAGCUCUUACUCUUGGCUAGUUACACCAAACGGCCGAACCUUCCCAAAGGCACGAACUAAUGUUUACUACAAAGGUCGCACACUCUAUUGAUAAAUGAAAAAAAGCGAGACAGGUUUGUGACCGAUGUCUAAAUAUGAUUUAUUUGUAGGUCUUGGUGGAAAUCCCUCUUUGCAGCCUAUCCAGGUUCGUUCUGCCUUCUGACCGAAGCGGUAACACAUUCUCCUACUGGGAAGUUUAUUGGUGAUCUUUGCUGUACCAUUCUGCAAUAGCAUAAACAGCGACAUGAGCUCGUCGUCGCUUUGAGAAAGAUAUCUCAUGAACCCUUUUUUUCGGCAACACGUAACUGAUAGGUAGCUGCAAAAUGUUUCUGUUGAGAGUCUUCUGAGACUCCGCAGUACGCUUCUGUGUCUCUGUUUUUUCGGAAAGGCUCAAGAAUUUUAAUUCUCACUAUUUUCUCGAUCGCGUAGCCCCAUUUAAGAUUAGAAAUGCUAUGUAGUUCUUUCCCUGAGGUAUAUUUAUAUUUCAAAUGAAUAAAGGGGUAAGUUUCUAAAGAAACUGUGGUGCUGCGUCGGUGGGAGAGUAUAGCAGGU